CGUCGGGACAGCCCGAGACUUAUGACGUAUGGGCUUUCGACUACGUAGAGGCGUGUAACCUUUAUCUCAAGAUAGAAAUCAUAGUCUUAAUCUUAGUCUCAUUCGAUUCUUUCUAGGUACUAGGAGCUGGCGAUUGGAAGAGUUCAUCCGUAGACCAGAGAGUGUUCAUUUCAUUUUGCUCCAUGAAUGCAAUAUGGCAGGAAUUUGGUAUCGCACAUUCCGAGAUUUCUUUUCCACUCGGCGUCUCUGGCUUUUCCCUCUUCUUGCUGGUUUAUCUUGGUUUUUGACGCUCACUAUUUUACUGGUGAGAUGGCUGGUUGUCGACCGUCCCCAAUAUCCCGGACAGGUAAACCCAUAUGUCCCGUUUAUUAGCGACAUUGCUGCCCAUCAGUUUAAGCCCGUGUUCAUCAUCGGGUGCGCAGCUACCGGGGUUACGUUUCUUGGGACCAUGUUCUCGGUACAUCAUGUACGCUAUUCGCCUAAUUUCUACGCACUGAGAGACGACGCCCCGUGGCGGCAGACCAUGAGCUUAAUUGCGCAGAUUGCUGGCAUCACUGCUGCUGUUAGCUUAAUAAACCUCAGUGUCUUUGAUACAGACGAUGCACAUGUACGACAUCGACACCUUCUUAUGGGUACAUUUGGAGGCCUUUUCGCGAGUGCGGUAACUACUACUGCUGUCUGGUGGGAUCAAAUUUGGGGUCCCAUGGUGUUUGCGGGCUUGAGGAAAUGGUGCAUCUUCAACACAGCUCUAGUUAUCUGUCAAUUUGGUUGUGGACUAGCAUUCGUAAUUCUCAUGUACGACGGUUAUUUCAAGUCCUCAGGCAUACUUGAAUGGUGCCUGACCUAUCUCGGUUCCUUUUGGCUCCUCUCAUUCGUGGGAUACACAAUGUUUAGGGAAGGCGACCAUCCUGUGGAUGAGAACGAUGCUGAGCAGCAACCGCUGUUAACAUAGGUUUUCAUAUAAUACAAAAGAGUAAACUUAGAUCUGGACUUUCUGAUACGAUAUAGAAGUCGUGAUAUUGUUACAGCCCCCAUUCCGUACCUAAUCUUGUCUUCAUUUGGUGACAACUGAAUAGGUAAUUUUAUUUAGACUACUACAAGCAUCGUGUAAGAUUCUGCGGGUAUAAAAUAGGGAUGAAGCAGGUCAUGAGCUUGCCGACUCGAUGAUAUUUCAAACUGGUAUACUUCGUGAUUUGAGAUUUCUAUAGUAAAUACUUCUAUUAGUUCGUUGAGUACGUUAAUGUAGUUU